GCUCCGUUCCAGUGAACGGGGCAGUAGAAGAUAUACCCUGUAUAUAUUUGGAUGUCGCUGAUGUUCCUUUUUUUCACGAGAAAAGAAGCUAAAACAAAACAAAAAAAUCAAUAAGAAAGAAAAAAAAAACGUUUAACGCGGGGGAACGACAAGACAUUAUUUGACUUACUGUCACAUUUUAUUUUUAUUUUAAAUCUUCCACCCUUAUUGGCUAUAACUGUGAGCUCCAGCUUUGAACGAAGGAUUGCGUAAAACUCAAUAUUGUCACAGCAGUUGUAGCGUCAAAACGGAACAGAAACUGGCCUUAUUGUUGGUAAUUGGAAUCAGCAGCAUGAUGCGCAUCGCUUCCCCCGCAUCCGGAACAUCCUAUAGAGAUGGAGCUGCGUCCAGCAUCGCUGGUAUGCAAGUUGAUGCCAUGGAAAGCUGAAGAUGGAAAUACUGUCCAAGAAAUUCAGGAAAAAUCUACAUUGAAGUUUGGACUGCACAUUGAACAGAAAUGCAUAAUUGUUGACGAACAAUGAAGAUUAGCAUUGAUUCCCAACUCUGAUGAGCCAUAGCAUUAUUUAGUCUGUACUUGUGACAGAGCAUUAUUGAUUGCAGUGAGCUAAUAGAACAGGGAUGGUGUGACACAGGAACACAUCUCUCCAGUGCUGUUUGAAAAGCAGACAUGAUUGUGCAUUCUAAGAGGAAAAAAUAACAUUACGAAGAACAAAAAGUAAUAAUUGUCCAAAAUUAUUUUUAGCCUUAAUCCAUUUCUGCUCGACAAGAUACUUUACUAUUGGAUAAGAAAGACAGAAGAUUUGGUUCUGCGUUUUUGCCAUGCCUCGCAAUCAAGCUUUUUCUGAACCAGAGUACUCUGUGGAGUAUUCGGCAGACUGCUCUGUGACAUUGCCCUCUGACCCUGGACAGGCUGUUGGAAGAACACACGAUGUUACAGUUCGAAAUUCUGGAUCCUGCCUCUGCUUGCCCCGGUUUAUGCGCCUCACAUUUGCUCCUGAGUCGUUGGAGAAUCUCUAUCAGACCUACUUCAGAAGGCAAAGACAUGAGACCCUUUUGGUGCUUGUUGUGUUUGCUGCCCUUUUUGAUAGUUACAUCCUCAUAAUGUGUGCAGUGGUUUAUACCUCUGAAAAGUUUGCUUCCAUUUCAGUGGCAUCUGUGGGAUUGGCAGGACAUAUUAUUCUCUACCUGCUGUGCCGCUUUGGACUGUUACCAGAGCGGAUCUCAAGACGUUUUGUGCCCUAUUCCCUCUGGGUUCUGAUAGCUGCACAGAUAUUUUGCCACUUGGGACUCAACUAUGCUCGUUUCCACCAAGCCAGUGACACAGUGGGCUGGCAGGCCUUUUUUAGCUUUUCUUCUUUCCUCACUCUGCCUUUGAGACUGGCACCCAUUGUACUCAUCACUGCUGUUUCCUGUGGAGUCCACACUCUAGUUCUUGGAGUCACCAUCGCUCAGCAGCAGCAGGAGAACAUCCAGGGAUCUGUACUUGCCAGACAGCUGCUGGCGAACAUUGUGAUCUAUAUUUGUGCCAUCACUGUGGGUGUCACCUCAUAUUACAUGGCUGACCGGAAGCAUAGAAAAGCUUUCCUGGAGGCAAGGCAAUCAUUGGAGGUGAAACUUAACCUGGAGGAGCAAAGCCAGCAACAGUGCAAUGGACCCCAGUGUCAGCAGGGGCGCCAAUGGACCCCAGAAUCCCUGAAAAACCAUGCAUCCUCCAGAAGUCCCCCCCGACAAUCAGGACCCAGAGGCAAAGACGUGCUCCAAUUCAGCCUCAGUACCACACCGGACUAG